AUGCGUUCAUCAAGCGAUGGUACACGUCUUGAAUGUGUUGACAUGAUACAUUUACUAACAUUGCGAACGUAUGAAACAGCAAAUGCACCACUACCGCCAAAUGUUACGCUCGCUAACGGUUCUCAUCCGCUCUAUCAUCAAACGACAUCACGUUCAAGACCUCCACCACCACUUCCACCGGGUAUAUCAAAAUUUAGUUCGCAAAUUACAUUUCCAUUUUCGUUUUCAACGCCGAAUAUAAAUACAUAUUAUGAGACUGUUUGCAUGUUUCCACCGCAAACAAAUUCAACUACAACAACAACAAAUGACGCAACAUCCGAUAUUGUUUCAUCGUUUCCCAUCGCCUCGUCAACAGCAAUCGACAAUCAAACGAAUAAUAAUUUAAUUGGUGCAUCACCAUGGUUGCUGUGCCGAUAUUGA